AUGGCUGAAGGAGAAGUGGAAGUACCGGAGACAGAUGUCUCUGUUCUCAAAUCAUUCUCCGCCGGUCUUGUACUCGCCAAGGUUAUGGAAGUUUUGGCAGAGCAGAGUCGGCAAAAAUUAUUCAUUGUUGGUACACGAUCACGUCAAGGAGACUUGAAAGGAUUUUUGGAAUAUCGGCUCGUCAGCAAAACAUUCAACGAAGCGGUCUGUGCAACAAUUCGAAAGGAAUUCAAGCAUAUUCAAGUGGAUAUUGAUGAUCAUUUCGUUCGUUGCAAUGAGUUCACCAUCGGAAGACAUCAGAAACCCCCAAUUCGACAAGGACCGAACCAAUUUCCAAAUGUAAACAGAAGAAAUCCACAAGAAGUUUGGGACGAAGAAAUGAUUGCUGCGGAAGAUUUGCCGUCGGAAGACUCCGUUGAUGUCCAAUUUCUUUACAGAUUUUUCCGCUGGUUAGCCAGAACAUUCGACCCGAUGGUCGAAAGCUUCAAAAUCUUCGAUAGCUGGAGUUUCAAGCCGUGCUCGCUGCCACCAUCAUGGGCUAAUCGCCUGUCAGUUUUCAAUAGUAUGCAUCCUGAUAUGCAAUAUUGCAAUUGUGAUCAAUGUAUUCAAACGGUUCGACGUUGUAGGGGAUUCUUCGGACCCGUUAGUUUCCAAAUGGCAACUGAUGCGUGGAGAGAGCAGUCGCUUUCGUAUGGAGCCAUAUCGUGUACUGAUGCAUUCCUCGCCGACAUUGCCCUCCAAUAUACUGUUGACUCUCCAUUGGGAAAGCGGUUUGAAUCGGAUCGUUUCAUUCGAGAAUUCGGAGGAAUUCGUUGCAAUGAGAUCACUUUCGCAGUCCAAACACUUGCCACGUAUCGAGACGAACAUCCGAAGUCGCAGCCGCUGGAAGUGAUUCAAUUGAUAUUGAGUUUGUGGCAAGUGAAAUCUGUCGAAUUUGAAGUGGUGAAGUUCAUGGAAAACGAUUACUACACUUCCCGUUGUGCUUGGGAAACAUCAGGUGCAUUCACCAGAGCCUACUUUUCCACAUAUCGUUUCGACGUGUUUGACGAUGACGCUCAUGGUUUACCAUAUCGAAGUGCAGGAACUUUGGAUCGCCACAUUGGCCACGAGAUUGUACCAAUCUUCGACUUGCGCAUAGACCCAACUGAUGGUCCGUUCAGAAUGGGAAGCAAUUUGUCACUUCUCUCUUUGGCUUCUCAAGAUAACGAUAGUAACUCUUUCUCAUGGCUUCAUCAAGGCAGAAUAGCUUUCAACAUGUUCCGCGCCAACCGAAUAAUGUUUGUAACCUCGGGACUCGUUGAAUUCAGAGGAAUGAUUGGAACGGCGAACUGGAUCAAAUUCACGAUUCGAGACAUGAUGAGAUGCAUUUGGGGCCCCCGUACCAGGCAAGGGAUUGAUCAUGGAAAAACGGUGUUUUGGAUCAGUUUCAUGGAAGAUGUUGGAUUCUGCAUUUCGAAAGUUUGGAACGAGCACAUCCAGGAGCUUUUGCAAGCGAAUUUCCCACAUCUUGUCGUCAAAAUCAACACGCCGGAGGCGUUUGAGAAGUGUGGUAAUAGAAAAAUUGCCACGUAUGCAGACGCAAAACGUCCGGAUGUUCUGAAUAAGCCAGUUGGAACAUUCUACUGCUCUCUGCUCGAUCCGACUCGUAACAAUGCCACACACAUCAAAUUGAUCCAAGUUGCCAAUUAA